UUAGGUGGAUAUGUGUGUGUAGUUACACACACGUAAAAUCAGUGAACUGUAAAGUAAACUCUAUGCUUCACGUGCAAUAAAUGUUAUUUACUGGUUUGUGUUUUCUGUGUGCCCCUUCAGGUUUAGAGGGAAGCCUUGGCCUACGUGCUUUGGCUCUAAGUCCAAACCAGCGCUACCUGGCAGUGUCAGAGAAGGCUGAGGAGGCCUCCAUCACUGUGUUUGACCUUCAUCAGGAACACGGCAUGAAGAAAAAAGUUCUAACUGCAGGAGAUUUUCUAGUUCAAGAGUUCUUGUGCAUGGCUUUCUCUCCUGAUUCCAAGUACCUUAUUGGUCAAAGCGGAGCCCCCGAGUGGUUGUUGAUCUUCUGGAGUUGGGAGAAAAACAAAGUCUUGGCAACAGUGAAGACAACCAACUCUAAUAAUCCCAUUUCACAGAUCAGCUUUAGUCCUCACAACAACAUGCAGGUCUGUGUGAGUGGCAAAGGCGUGUUCAAGCUGUUUCGGUACUCAGAAGGCAACCUGAAACAGAACAGCAUUGCAAAGGUGGAGUCAAUCAACAUCCUGUGUCACACCUGGGUGUCAGAAGGCCGAGUCAUAGCAGGGACAGACACAGGAAGGCUGCUGGUGUCUGAGUCCGGCGACGUGAGGAGGGAGAUCAAGAUGUCCUCUGAACCUGGACAGGGCCAGACUGAGAGGAACCUGGAAGUGAGACGAAUCAAAGCAGGGAAUGUGACGGAAGGCGUGGCCAAGUGUUGCGUCACCGCCAUCCUGUCCUACUCCAAGGGUUUUGUGUGCUCCUCCGGUCCGGGCACAGUCUCUCUGUUUGAACAGAUAGAGCUGGACGUCUACAGGAAAAGCAGAGAGAUACAGAUUCUCCCAGCUCCAGCCAGCAGUGGCUCAGCUCCAGCCCAGUGUCAGGAGAUAGACACCAUAUGCAUGAGUCCUGCAGAGGAGACGCUGGCUGUCAGCACAGACCGAGGCCAACUGUACAGCAUUAAUCUUUCAUCUGCUGAAAUGAAGCGGGAGGAACAACUACAUUUUGACUUUUUGUCCCAGCCCUUCCACUCUGACUCCAUCACCGGUUUGUCCAUCUGCAUCCGUAAGCCCUUCAUGGCCACCAGCUCUUUGGAUUGCUCCGUACGGAUCUGGAAUUACGAGAUGAAAGAGGUAGAGUUGUACAAAGAGUUCCAACAGGAGGCGUUCAGCGUGGCUCUGCACCCCACGGGCCUCUUUGUGCUGGUGGGCUUUUCAGACAAACUCCGGCUGAUGAACCUGUUCAUCAACGACAUCUCUACCUUUAAAGAGUUUGAGCUGCCCGGCUGCAGAGAGUGUGCCUUCAGCCACGGUGGCCACAGGUUUGCGGCCGUCGACGGAAGCGUCAUUCACAUCUACUCUUUCACCUCGUUUGAGAACAUUCUCAAUCUAAACGGCCACUUUGGGAAGGUGCGGAACGUUGAGUGGAGCUUCGACGACAGCCGCUUGGUGUCUUGUGGGACGGAUGGCGCUGUGUACGAGUGGAACACCCACACCGGGAAGCUGGAGUGUGAGACUGUGCUCCAGGGCUGCAGCUACUCUGGCGCGACUUUCUCCUGGGACUACAAGACCGUCCUGGCUGUAGGAUCGGACCUCAUCCUGAGGGAGAUACAGGACUGCCAGGUGCUGAGGGAGGUUCCCGCUGAUGUGGUGGCUCACACCGCUCUUGCCGUGUCUCAGUCCGGUAGGGUCGUCUUCACCGGUACCUCUGGUGGAACCGUUAGAGCCGUUAAAUACCCCUUACCCGAUCAGAAGGAGUGGAUCACACAGCAGGCUCACUGCGGCCCUGUCACCAAGAUGGUGAUAACGUACGACGAUCAGUUCCUGCUGACGGCGUCUGAAGAUGGCUGCCUGUUGAUAUCCAAAAUCAUUGAUGAAAAGGGUCAAAGUCUGAGGAGCAACAGACAGAUUGUUCACACCGAAGAGAUUCUUGUUACAAAGGCGGACCUGGAGGAAAGGGCUCACAACUUGUUGGAGCUGAAGAUGCAUCUGAAGGAGCUGCACAUGGAGAAUGAGUACCAACUCCGCCUGAAAGAGAUGAACUACAAAGAGGAGCUCCAACAAGUGUCAAACAAGUUCAUGGAGGAAAUCAAGUCUCUGAAAAGAACACAGCAGGUUCUGAGCGCGGAAAUAGAGCGGUGUGAAGAAGAGACCCAGCAGAAUUCUGCAGAAAUUGAAGUGAAACACUGCGAAGACUUGACGUAUCUAGAAAAAUUUUACAACUCCAAGCUGACUAUGGAGCACAAAAAGUACGACGACCUUCUCCAGAAGCAAAAAGAAAUGCAGGAGGAGUACGAGACACGGUUGACGCAUGCAGAGCAGGACCGGAUCCAGAGUCUGGCUGAGGUCACGCAGAUAUAUGAGGCCGAGCUGCAAGUGAAGACUGAACAAAUGAAUAAGUUUCAGGAGGAGGCUGGGCGAAGGAUCCGAGAGUAUGAAGAAACCAUAAGACAGGCAGCGGAGGAAGAGCACCAGAAGAUUGACACCAUGAAAGACAAGUAUGAGAAGAAACUUCAGUCAGAGAAAGAGGCCUUCACCAGGCUGAAGGGAAACAGUGGCAAUAUGACACAAAAGAUCCGCAGUCUCCAGAGGCAGAUCGAUGACCACUUGGAUGACAUGAUCUCCAUGAAGAAGGAGCGCCAGACUCUGACGGGGUUCAUCCGCACUCUGGAGACCGAUAUCGGUGUUCUGAAGAGACAGGUUUCCAGAUAUAGAAAGACCAACCAGGAAAAGGACACAGUCAUAUCCAGCCUGCAUUCUAUGAACCAGGAUCUGCACAAGUUGAAGGUCAUCUUGGAAUUCAAGCUGAAGGACAUGAAGAAGCAGAUCAGGCCACAGCAGGAAGACAUAAACAAAAAAGCAGAAAGGAUAGAAAAGGUACGUGAGAGGGCUCAGAAAAUCUUAGAUUGGCUUCAGAACUGA